AUGACUAGCCACCCAUUCAACUUCAACCUUCCACCUUUAUCAACAGGGCUGUACACAGGGGGGGUGGCCCGGUGGCUAGAGCCACUGCCCCUCUGCCCUCCAUCGCCCCAGCUCAUAGAGUUCUAUACUGUUAUCGCUAAAGAUCCACUGAUUCCACUAAUCCGCUCCGUGUUUUCCCGCCCGCAGCAUCACUCACAAUCUGUGGACGAUGACUUCACCCCUCAAGACUACCGCUUGCAGUACCGUCGUGGUAACUCUUCUCAGUAUGAGGAUGCGUACAUUGGAAAAGACACCGAGUUUCUGGUGCUCCAUCUUGACCCGCACAUCGACCACCUGUUUCGUGUGUGUGCCAGAGGAGAGGGCCGAACCGAAUGGAGCCCGUGGAGCAUCCCGCAGACCGGCUACACCACACUAGCACCCCACGAAUGGCUUCCAGGCGUGGAUGGUUACAUUUUAAGCAGUAGGAAGAACAUCGCCAUGCGCAAUGACUCAUCACCUGGUCACGGUGGUGUUCUGUACUCCAACUCCCCCACGUACUUCUGUGGCCAGACCCUCACCUUCAAGAUCACAGCUGCUGGACAGACAGAUAAGCGGGACAGUUUGGGUGUGUGUGCGGACAACAGAACUGACACAGACUCACUGCAGAGGGAUCAGGCUGUCUGCAUCUCCACUAAUGGUACGAGCAGGACAGUAUAG